AUGGCCAACAACCUCACAAACCACAGAACAAAUGGCCAACAACUUCAAACAACAAAAACUGGCCAACAGCCUCAGAAACCACAAAAAAUGGCCAACAACCUGAACCACACAAAACCAACAACCUCAGAAACCACAAAAACCAACAACCUCAGAAACCACAAAAAUGGCCAACAACCUCAGAAACCACAAAAAAGCCAACAACCUCAGAAACCAAAAAAAAUGGCCAAUCAGAAACCACAAAAAAUGAAAAGAAUGUCUCAGAAACCACAAAACCAAUCAGAACACAAAAAUGGCCAACAACCUCAGAAACCAAAAAUGGCCAACAACCUCAGAAACCACAAAAAAUGGCCAACAACUCAGAAACCACAAAAAAUGACCAACAACCUCAGAAAACACAAAAAUGGCCAACAACCUCAGAAACCACACAAAAAAUGGCCAACAACCUCAGAAACCACACAAAAAUGGCCACAACCUCAGAAGGCCAACACCUCAGAAACCACAAAAAGGCCAACAACCUCAGAAACCACAAAAAUGCCAGAAACCACAAAAAAUGGCCAACACCAAAAACCACAAAAUGGCCAACAACCAGAAACCACAAAAAAUGGCCAACAACCUCAGAAACCACAAAAAAUGGCCAACAACCUCAGAAACCACAAAAAUGGCCAACAACCUCAGAACCACAAAAAUGGCCAACUCAAACCACAAAAAAUGCGAGACCCCACUCACCUCCCUUCCCACCGCGAGACUCUCCCGCCGCCGCUCCUUGAAUCCGGAUGCAAUGUGGCCAAUCCCACACCUAUCGCGGGGGCUUCAAGGCAAUUAAGCCUCUGUGGCCGGAGCUUUAAGAGGGGAUAUCCCUCGGACACGCCCAGCCACAGGGAGGUUAAGCUUAAAGGCCUUUUGAGAGCUUCGGCGUCCAUUUUGGUGGCGGUGGUGGUGGUCUUUUUCUUGGGUCUGGGGGCGGGUGUUUGGAAAAAUGCAUGGGUAGAUAAGCAGAUACAUAAUAAAACCACGAGAGCAUUUAUUGUGGCCAAAGAGACCUGUGUUGUCUUGAAACUAUCCCAUUGCUUGCACUCAAUACAGCUUGUACCUGUUACCCUUUUGUUGAAGCUCUAUUGGGGGACGUGA